CCGCAAGUAUGGUGGGAAUUCCGGAAAUUUUUUGGAGAAUCCUUUGGAAAUCCUGGAAAUCCCAUGCGAAUCUCGGGAAUCCCGUGGGAAUCCCAUGGGAAUCCUGGGACUCCCGAGAAUCCCAUGGAAAUCCUGGGAAUCCUGGGAAUCCCGGGAAUCCUGGGAAUCCGGGGAAUCCUGGGAAUCCCGGGAAUCCUGGGAAUCCGGGGAAUCCCAUGGGAAUCCUGGGAAUCCCGGGAAUCCCAUGGGAAUCCUGGAAAUCUUGGGAAUCCCGGAAAUCCGGAAUCCGCCGUUUCCCCCUUGCUCGAUUCACUAUUGUGAAAGUCGACUUACGAGAAUUAUUCAUUGAAAUGCAAAAACAAAUUUCUACGUUAGAAAAUGACGUUGGUGGACUAAAAUCUCGUGUAUUGGCAUUGGAAAAAAUGGAAAGUAACGUUAAUAUGAUACAGAUGGGGAACAUAGCAUCUCAACUUCUCAACAAAAUGAUUAGAUAUAUCAAACCAGGUCUAUCGAAAAGAGCUGCACGUGAUGAAUAUAUAUAUUCAUUACAAGGAGAAGAAAAAUUUUCAGAUUUAACCGAUCUUAUCAAGAAAUAUGAUUCAACGUUGACCGCCUUCGAUCUGACACGAUCAAUAAAUGCGUUGAAAAAACAACGUGUUGCAAAGGCGUAUGAUGAACAUCCAAUGUCAAGUGAUGAAAUAGAUUCAAUCUUAACUGAAUUUAUUUCCAGUAAUGAUCAAUAUUUAAGUCAACAAGCAACGGUGGUGGUUCAUUUUCUAAAAAUCUUAGCAAGACAUCUGAAUGAACCAUUAAUUGUUGAUCUAGGAUGAUGAUGAAUAUUAUAUUUUUAAAUAAGUAGAUUUUUUUUGUUUCUUUUCUGUUUUAUCGUUUUUUUUUGGUUUUUUUUCAUCAAAUAAAAGAUAUCUUUUCUAACAAGAAAUCUGUAUCUUCCUUUUCUCUUUUUGAUUUGCCCUUUCAUUGAAUUCAUUAACAGUCUGAUCCAAGAGCUUUUUUGAAGUUUUAUUGCUUGACUUUCAUCAAACAAAAUCUCUUGCAUAAGCAUUGAUUGAUAUCGUUGUGAUAUACUCUGAUUGGGUGUGGGUGGCAGAUGAUACCUACGCACACCCACACCCUUCCAUCGAAUACAGAAGUUAUUCAAAAUGCAGCUGGAAUGAAUGGUACAAUUAUUUUCUUUUUCAUCUUCAUUUAUAAGAAUUGUUUUUCUUCGUUUCUAGUCAGUAGUAGAUAUGGUUUUGGUCUUAUGGAUGCUAGUUUAAUGACUUGGUAUGCAAGCGGUUGGAAAAAUGUUCCACCUAUGUCAACAUGUGAAUCAAUGACUUAUAAUCCAAAAAAGACUAUAAAGUCAAAGUCAAAUGAAACAUUUUCUGUUGAUUUAAAGGAAUGUAAAAAGAGUGGUGAUAUAAAAAGUCAAGUAAAUUAUAUUGAACAAGUACAAGUAAUUGUAAAUUUAUCGACGACUAAUCGAGGAGAAAUAGAAAUCUAUCUUUACUCACCAUCAAAUACAAAAACAACAAUUUUACCAAGACGAGCUAACGAUCACAGUGAUCAAGGUUUUGCCAAUUGGGCUUUUUUAACAGUACAAUUAUGGUUUGAAAAUUCUCAUGGACUAUGGAAACUACAAAUAUGUAAUACAGGUGAAGGAUCAACUGAGUUAAUAUCUUGGCAACUUAUCGUUCAUGGUACACGUGAUUGUCCAGUCUCACCUCGUUCGUCAUCUGAAACUAAUCAAUCUAAUAUUCUUCGUGCAACGGGUAAACCAUAUCAUGGUCAAUGUUUUUCUUGUAUGACAUGUCAAAAAAGUCUUGGUGGUAUGCCAUUUACUGUUGAUGCAACUAUGCAAAUACAUUCCAUUGAUUGUUUUCAUGAAAAAUUUUCACCAGGUUGUUAUGUAUGUCAUCGUGCAAUAUUACCAUUAAUUGGUCAAGAAGAAAGAAUAGCUAUAAUUGCAUUUGAUCGAAGUUAUCAUAUUGAUUGUUAUCGAUAUGAAGUUAGUUUAUAUUUAAUUAAAAUUUCAAUGUAUUUAGUUGAAAUGAAUUGUUUUUGA